AUGUACUGGUGCCUGUGGUUGUUCCUCCCCAGACAUGUGAUGCUGCCAAGAGAACUUUCAAAACAAGUGCCAAAAUCCCAUCUGAUGUCUGAAGAGGAGUGGAGACGACUUGGUGUUCAGCAAAGUCUUGGCUGGGUUCACUAUAUGAUCCAUGAGCCAGAACCGCAUAUUCUUCUCUUCAGAAGACCUCUUCCAAAGGAUGAGCAGAAAUGAACCAUUGUCUAUAAAUUUUCUCCUAAAUCUUCUGGAACUAUGUAUAUGAGUGUAUAUAUGUUGGUAGUAUUCAGUGAAUACUUUAAAAUGUACAAAACAUACAUCCAUACCUGUGCAUGAGCUGUAUUAUUCACAGCAACAAAGCUCAGUCAAAUGCAAUUCCAAGUAGGCUGCUAUGGUGUUCAAAGAGUGAUGAAGUUACCUUCUUUACUGUUAAUGUAAGUGCCUAUCUGACUUUUCAGUGAAUUUUGUUUAUUAAAGAUUACGUAUUGCAUGUUCUGACU